AUGGUAGCAAUCAACACCUUUCAGGCUCUGGCCGUGGCAGCCAGCGCCCUUCCCUUCGUCAUCGAAGCAGCACCAACACCCGGCAUCCCAAACCCCAAAAUCUGGAACGUCGAAGACAAGCCAGAAGCAACACGGAGUCCCGGCUCUGACAUCAUCCUCGAACCAUCCAUCCCUCAAACAGGUGAAGGUUUGGACCGAAUCAAAAAGACCAUGAAGGAGAUAGCGGAUGAACAGAAUAAGAGGGCCCAGGCCUCCAACCGGCACGACUCCUCCUCACUGUCUCCAUCCGUCCUCUCGACGUAUCGUGGCAUCCCAGACGAUGAUGACGACUCGGAAGAACCCGAGCAACAGCCCGAGAAGCGCGAUGUUGCUGAUGGUAUCAUGAACGAGAGCAAGACCGCUUCCGCCAACGAACCUCGGUAUCACCGACUGGAGCAGAUACCUGAUCGACCUAGACUCCUUCACAAACUCAAGACACACAAGGUGGUGCCUCAAAUGAAGGCGGAUGAGAAACAACAGUAG